AUGAUAACUUUGUAGUAGUCAUCCGUCAUUUACAGGCGUGUGUGAGGUUAAAGACGGCAAGUUUUUCAUUCCAUUUGUAUCAAAGCAUUGUUUCUAAAAAAAUCUGUGAACAAAAAUGGCUUUAUCUGUACCAAAAGCUCCAGGAGUAGCUCAAAUGCUCAAGGAUGGCGCUCGUAUGUAUAGUGGUCUGGAAGAGGCCGUCUAUCGUAAUAUCACCGCCUGUAAGGAAUUCGCGCAAACAAUGCGUUCUGCUUACGGUCCCAAUGGCAUGAAUAAAAUGGUUAUAAAUCACAUUGACAAACAAUUUGUUACAAGUGACGCUGGUACAAUAAUGCAAGAAUUAGAUGUAGAACAUCCUGCGGCUAAACUUAUGGUCAUGGGAAGCCAAAUGCAGGAUGCUGAAGUUGGUGAUGGCACUAAUUUCGUUGUGAUCUUUGCGGGGGCUUUGCUGGAAGCCGCUGAGGAGCUAUUACGUUUAGGUAUUACUACCUCUGAGAUUGCUGAUGGGUAUGAAAAAGCUUUGGAAAAAGCAUUAGAAAUUCUCCCUAAAUUGGUUUGCCAUGAAAUCGAAGAUUACCGUGACUUGAACAAAGUCGGUGAGUGCCUUAAAGCUGCAAUUAUGUCGAAACAAUAUGGACAAGAGGAUUUCCUUACCGAAUUAGUAGCAAAGGCAUGUGUUGCAAUAUUGCCUGAUCAAGGUACUUUCAAUGUGGACAACAUUCGUGUCUGUAAAAUAUUAGGCAGUGGUCUAAGUAAAUCCGAAGUUGUGCAUGGUAUGGUAUUCAAACGUUUUGUUGAAGGUGAUAUUACUUGCGUAGAAAAAGCCAAAGUAGCAGUAUUCUCCUGCCCCAUCGAUAUCAUACAAACUGAAACAAAGGGAACAGUUUUGAUCAAAUCUGCCGAUGAGUUAAUGAACUUCUCAGCUGGAGAAGAAAAUUUGUUGGAAUCCCAAAUUAAGUCUCUAGCAGAUGCUGGAAUUAAGGUAGUCGUUUGUGGCGGUAAAGUGGGUGAUAUGGCAUUGCAUUUCCUGAACAAGUAUAAUUUAAUGGCAGUCCGUCUAAACUCCAAAUUCGAUUUGCGCCGUCUGAGUCGUACAGUGAAUGCCACAGUUCUGCCUCGCAUCACUACGCCCACUAACGAAGAGUUGGGAUAUUGCGACAAGGUUUGCGUUGAAGAAUUAGGCGGUACAACGGUUGUAGUUUUUAGAAAUACGGGCAAAGAUGCGCGCAUAUCUACAAUUGUUAUUCGUGGCGCAACCGAUAACUUCAUGGAUGAUAUUGAACGCGCAGUAGACGAUGGAGUAAACAACUUUAAGUGUUUGACCCGUGAUGGACGUUAUUUGCCAGGUGCUGGUGCGACAGAAAUUGAAUUGGCUUCCCAAUUGGCUGUCUACGCCGAUACUUUGCCUGGUCUUGAACAAUAUGCCGUACGUAAAUUCGCUACUGCCCUGGAGGUAUUCCCAAAAGCCCUAGCUGAAAACUCCGGCGUGAACGGUACUGAAGUUGUGAAUGCAUUGUAUCUGGCGCAUAAAAAAUCAACUGGAAAAAAUAUUGGUUUCAAUAUUGAGACUGAGAAAGCAGAUACAAUUGAUGUGACUACAACACAGGUCUUCGAUCUAUUCCAAGCUAAAUAUUGGGGUCUCAAAUAUGCAGUUGGUGCAGCCACAACUAUUCUGAAGGUCGAUCAAAUUAUAAUGGCUAAACGUGCUGGUGGACCAAAGCCACGGCAAAAUGCCGGUAGUGAUGACGAAAGUUAGAUUGACAGUUGCAGAGGCGCUGGAUGAAAUAUGCAUUAAUUUCUUAUGUAUUAAUUACCACAUUUCUCAUUAAAAAACUAUUAAUUUACUAAGUUAUCUGCUACUUACACACGUUUGAAAUAACGUAUACAAUUUUCAAUAAAAUAAUAGAAUAUAUUACAAGUUUUCGUCAAAUUUCGAUAUGAAAUUAUUUGUAUUGUAUUUAACGUAUUUUUUUCAAUCUAUUGCAUGUAAAAGAACAUUGUAUGCGAAAAGCUAAUGUGGAACAGCAAUCAAGUUUGCGAAAUAUAUGGACAGUAAAAUGAACUAAUCACAAAA